CCAGCGACAAAGAAAAUAUAAUGAUGGUUACAAAGCUUUCGUCCGUAGAUGCUGAUAUGUCUUUUUUCGAAGAUGAAGAUGAACACGAGGAUGAAGCCGAUUUAUUGAUUAAAUCUCAUUCAGAUUUGAAUGAUGACAAAUCGGUUACUUUGGAUAAUACGCAAACGGACUUAACAGCUAAGGAGUUUUUAGGAGUCGAAAUCACACUUAAAAACUAUUCCAAAUUGGAUUUAAAGGCGCGUGCAGAAUUGGAGGAAGCUCAUAAGAAUAAUGAUGGCCACAAUGAUAAUGCCAAUCUAAAAGAAGCUGUUCGAAAUUUAAACGUAGGAAUCAAAGAGUCUAAAGCAAAGCAGGCACGUCUAAGCCGUUUACUUCUUCCAUUGGAAAAACUUAGAAUGGAUCAAGCAAGAAACUUUAGAAUUGAAGAAAGAGGCAAGGAUAAAUGGGACGAGGUGAAAUACAACGACCUUAAAGAAGCAAGAGCUAAUUGUGACAAGAUAUAUCCGGAGUUAAAGAGUCCUCAGCCAGCAGAUAAUAUAAACAAGGAAGCCAUUUCGGAUAAAGAUAUAACAUCUUUAGCAAAAGGAGAAAUUGCAGUCCAAGGAAUAGACCCAGGGGUAGUGACUACUGCUUCAUUUAAAGGCACAUCAAGCUCUUUACUGUUUGAAAGUAUAAACAGAUAUACUGCUUUAAAGAACUUGGAUUCAGUAGAAUCUACUACAAACGAAAAACAAACAAGAACGACAUAG